AUGGCUGCCAGGAGCCGAAUCCUCGGUGAGGGCAGAGAACAUGACAAGAAAGACGAUGCUUUCAUCCCCCGGCGCUCGAAUCCACGUUCGUUUCUCAGUCGCCUGAAACCCUUUCGUCGCAGGCGUGUGGUCCUUCUACUGCUGGCAGUAUGGGCGCUCUACCUGUUUUUCAAACACAUACCGACGGACCUGCCUCCUACCUCCGAGCGUUAUGAUCUCCGCUACGGACGACUGCAUCCAGGACUACCUGGGCCGAAAGCAUGGGGAUCUCAAGAACAGCACACAGAAGGAACUGGCGCGAGUUCUCACACCUAUGAUGGACCCAUCAAGUUCUACGGCCUGCCCAAGACAUUGCGCGGCAGAGUCUAUAUUCCCGACUCGAAAGGAAACGUCUUGUUCGCCGUCUCGAGGUUGGAAAGCAUCGCGCGAAUCCUCCCUGUGGCCUGUUCUAUGGCACAUCACAACCGUACUCACGUCCAUCUCGCUUUUAUGGGCCGCCAGUAUGCAGAGAUGGAGGACAUCAGGAAAUUCAAUGGAAUACCCGAGAAUGAGUGUGGUAUAACGGUCCAUGAUGCGCGGCCCGACCUCUCAGCGCAGUCGUCAGAAAAGAGGCUGCGCGUCAGUGCUGGCGCAAGCUUGGGACACAUUCACGCUACCAUGACCUUGCAGGCAGUGCUCGCUGGAGACACUGACUAUGAGGAUGCAUGGCUCUUGGAGGGACUGAGGGACAAGAUCAAUGCACUAGAUCUGUCGCUUAUUCCUCUUCCUGCGGGUGGUCUCGGGGCCGUUUCGUGGAUCUCGAACUUGGAUGCGCCCGCGCUCAAGCAGUCAAACAAGGUCAAUGUCGACAUCAUCAUCCAGGCUCCGCCUGAAUCUUCAGCCUCCUUGAUCAGGCUCUUGCGGUCCAUCAAGGAUGCCGACUAUACUAGCUGGAAAUUACCGCGGAUCAUCAUCGAACUCCCUGCGCAUGUCGACCCAUUCCUCGGCGAAUAUCUAUCCAAAUUUCGAUGGCCCCCCGAUGCUAGAGGAAGCGAUUCUAGGCUUAUCAUCCGGCAUAGAAUCGAUGCCAACUUCAUCUCACCUGAACGGGCCGCUCUGCAGACCGUGGAAUCGUUCUAUCCUUUGUCGCCCAGUGAAUCCUAUGUCUUGGUGCUGUCGCCUAGGGUGGAAUUGUCCUCGGGUUAUUUCCAGUUUUUGAUGCAUACCAUACUCGAAUACAGAUUUGCAUCAGGGCACGGUGAGCUGGGGCAGCAUCUUUGCGGCAUCUCGUUGGAGUUGCCAACCUAUGCUCCUGAUAUGGAGACCAAGGCGCCCUGGGAGUCAGGCCCUGUUUCAGAGCCACUCGUGCUUUGGCAAGCACCAUCAUCAAAUGCAGGGCUGUAUUUUGGUGAUCGGUGGGUGGAGCUGCACACUUUCUUGUCUCAUCGAGUCCAGGUCGAUUCGGCUUUCACCCAGAGGGCGAAAUCAACCCCGCGUCUUUCCCGCGAAUAUCCCGCGUGGCUUCAGAAUGUCCUAGAGUUGAUGCAAACCCGCAACUACUACAUGAUGUAUCCCGCGUUCGCCCUCAAAGAAGGGCUGUCGCCUGUGACGGUCCAUCGUGAGCUGCAUCAACUGCCGGAAGAAUAUAUGAAUGACGUGCAAGACUCGGAUGAGUCCUUGAUGCAACAAAAGCCAAGCGGCAUUCUGGCAGAAGACCAACCACUUACCGCGGCCGACGAGAUCGAACGGCUGAUGCAAAAAGAGAAACAGGUGUAUAUCGAUUCCAUCGUCGCUCCGUUGCUCGCCGCGAUGAGUGUCGGACAGCCAAAAGAGGGCUCUACAGAGGCGUCGGACAUACCAUUAAUAUCGUUUGACGGGCAAAGGGUCGGCUGGGAAGAAUCGCGGACAGCCUCGUGGAAAUUUGCCGAAGAUUUUGCAGCGUCCGUUGGGGGAUGUGCCCAUUAUGAUCCCACCAAGAAAGAGAACGACAACGUGGAGUCGUUGUUCUGCCUAGAUCUCAGCGAGACCGGCUGA